CAGAAGGAUGAAGAAAAACAGAAAUCCAAAGUUAAACUAUCGCCGCCAAAACUACAGCUUGUACCAUAUCGAAGGCCGAUAUCUGCUGCCAACGCUCAACCGCCUAAGAAAGGAAUACUAAAAACCACACCUCAACCUAACACACGACCACUUUGGAAACGUGACUGGCUAUCUACGCUUAACACGCGCAUUCAGAAUGUUACCAACGUUGCCUCAACAUCACCUACUACCACCUCAUUCCUAAUGACUGCGUUUAAGCGCCUUAAUGUCCCUUAUUCACCACAAGAGGAACAGCCACCAAAGCCAUCAUCACCACUACAAAUAGAUACCACGUUACCCGCCGAUCAAAUUUCUCAGCAAUCGUCAAGUUUGGUGAACAGUAGUUUGCUCUCACAAAAAUCGCUGAAGAGAGUUCGAUUUUCGGUGGCCAAACUAACUGAUGAAUAUCCGCACUCACCAAUCCCCUGCGAUAGUGACGACAGUGAUUGGGAAGAUGAGUAUGAUUUUCGUGAGUGGAGUGAGAAUCAAAAACGAAAUGCACCGUCGCAUCCUGAACCGGAAAAGAAGGUUUACUCCGCGAAAGAGAUUGUGCAAUAUUAUUUGGCCGCGUGCAAGUACCGCGAGGAAUUUCCUUUGGAUCGGUUGGUCACCAUUUUUAGAAGAGCAAGUCAACCGGGGGGUUCACUGAAAAUUAUUGACUUGACGGGUGACAUAAUCGAUAGAAGGAUAGCCGAACCGAUGGCAGACGUGUUAACAUUGGAAUGCGGUUUACGGAAACUAAUAUUGGAGAGAUGUGAGAUUGAAGAUGAUACUUUGAAGAUUCUUUGUCACAGCUUACUUGUCAACGAUACUCUUUCCUAUUUGAGUUUAUCUAAUAAUAAAAGGUUAAGGUCAAACGGGUUUCAUUACAUUGCUCUUUACAUAAAAAAGUCGAAAAGCUUGACUUAUCUUGACCUUUCUGGAACGAAUAUCGACAAAAAAUCAGUCACAUUCUUGGCACAAGCUUUAAUUCAAGGAAGUAACAGAUCAGGAUCCAUUCUGGAGACACUUAAGUUGGAUAGUUGUGGUUUGAAAAAUAAUGGGCUUGAAGUUUUGGGACCUGGCGUUCGUCGCUCAAACUUGAAAUAUCUAUCUCUACGAUACAAUCGUAUAAGUCAUGUCGGUGCAGUGUGGAUUGGAGUAAUGCUACGAGAUUAUGAUGAUUUGAAUUUGGAGCAAACCAACUCGAUUCGGUCUGAAUUUGAUGAAUAUGAAGAAGAUAAAGCGGAAAAAUUGCAAGGGAGACAUGGAUUGGAAGUAUUUGAUGCUAGGGGGAAUGAAAUAAAGGUUGAAAUUGGUAUUGUUUUUGAG